AUAAGUCAUCUCGAUUUGUUUAUCACAUUUCGUCAGGAAUCGUUUUAAAUAAGAAAAUUAAUUUUUAGACACGAAAACUAUAACUAAUCAGCCUACAAUAUGGAUGGGAACAAUCAAGAUAUGCAUCGAUUUCCUCCACCUCCUAUGCUUCCACCUCCACCUGGAAUUCCUCCAAGCUUAUCUAGUGGUUUAGGAUCAAAUAGCUGGAUGAAUGAUGAUGAUUAUCCACGAUUUGAUCAACAACCACCACCAAAAAUCGUUCAACAGACUCAAAAUCCAAUACCUAACACUCCAAAUAGUCCAGUUGAAGAUCCAGCAAAGAAAAAAUUACCUCCACCACCAUUAAUGUCACUUAAAAUUGACAAACCAGCAAAUCAGGCAGAGAAAAAUGAGUUGGUUUUGCCAAAAGCAUUAGAAGAUGUACUUGCAUUAAGUUCGCAAUUAAAAGAAACAUCCAAUCAACAACAACAAUCUCUUGCUGCUCAAAAUGUCGACUUUUUAAACGAUUUUGAUGCCGAUGGAAGUGAUGAAGAUGACAACAACACACAAACAGUUGUUAAAGGAAAUAAAAGCAAGGACAAAAAUCGUAAAAAAAAGAAACGAAAGAAGGAAAAUCGUCAAAAAAAAUUAGAGGAAGCAAGGAAGAAAGAGGAACAGAUUGAGAAUCAAGAAAAUCAAAACGAGACAUCAGAAUCACCUGAAAAGUCUAAAUCUAAAAGCAGCACAAAGGAAAAUGUUGAAAUUGAGUAUGUUCCAGAGAAAGUUACAGUUGCAGAUUUAGCACCAAUGUAUCGUCAGUUUUAUCGAGUUUUUGAAAUCUUUAAACUUGAAAAUAAACCGAAAGAAGCACCAAUGCCUGUACAAACAGCUGAGGAUAUAAAGGCAAAGAAAGCAACUGAAAAAAUUGGAAGUGAUGAAGAAAUGGACGAUGAUGAUGAAGAUGCCGACGACAAAAUUGACGAUAAAGAUAGAAUAUCCAAAAGAAAGUUGAAAAAAAUGACACGUUUAAGUGUCGCUGAAUUAAAGCAAAUUGUCCAUCGUCCAGAUGUUGUAGAAAUGCAUGAUGUUACAGCCAGAGAUCCAAAACUUCUCAUUCAAUUAAAAGCUCAUCGUAAUACAGUUCAAGUACCGAGACAUUGGUGCUUUAAAAGAAAAUAUUUACAAGGAAAGAGAGGAAUUGAAAAACCACCAUUUGAUUUGCCUGCAUUUAUUAAAAAAACAGGAAUUAUGGAAAUGAGAGCAUCAUUACAAGAAAAAGAUGAAGCCAAGUCAAUGAAAGCUAAAAUGCGUGAAAAAAUAAGACCUAAAAUGGGAAAGAUUGAUAUUGAUUAUCAAAAAUUACAUGAUGCAUUCUUUAAAUGGCAAGUAAAGCCUAGAAUGACAAUUCAUGGUGAUCUUUAUUAUGAAGGAAAGGAAUUUGAGACAAGAUUAAAAGAAAAGAAACCUGGCGAUUUAAGUGAGGAAUUAAGAACUGCUUUAGGUAUGCCAAUUGGUCCAGCAUGUCAUAAAAUACCACCUCCAUGGCUUAUUGCACAACAACGUUAUGGACCACCACCAAGUUAUCCAAAUUUAAAGAUUCCUGGACUUAAUGCACCAAUUCCUGAAGGUUGUUGCUUUGGUUAUCAUGCAGGAGGCUGGGGAAAACCACCAGUUGAUGAAAAUGGCAAGCCUUUAUAUGGUGAUGUAUUUGGAACAAGUAAUUUAGAUAAUGAUAGUGGAUUAGGCGAGGAAGAAAUUGAUCGUACAUUAUGGGGUGAACUAGAAGAAGAAUCUGAAGAGGAAUCUGAGGAAUCAGAUGACGAGGAAGGCGAAGAAGAUUUAACAGUACCACAAAUCGAUGCCACUGGAUUACAAACGCCUGGUCUUGAAACUCCAUCGGGUUUAACAAGUGUCCAAGGCAUGGAAACACCAGAUUCAAUUGAAUUAAGAAAGAAAAAAAUUGAAGCUGAAAUGGAAGAUAAUGAAACGCCAGUUUUGUAUCAUGUUAUUCCUGAAAAACGUAAUGAAAAGAUUGCAGGAAGUAUGAUGGCAUCAACUCAUGUUUAUGAUAUUUCUGGAAGUGCUGCUAUGGCACAAGCUGCAAAUCGUCGAGCUGCUGGUCAUGUUGAACGCGAAGGAAUGGUUGAAUUAGCAUUAAAUCCUGAUGAAUUGGAGAUGGACAAUGAAGCAAUGGCACAAAGGUAUGAGCAGCAAAUGAGAGAACAACAAAGUCAUUUACAGAAGGAAGAUUUAUCAGACAUGUUGGCUGAGCAUGUUGCACGACAAAAGUCUAAACGUAAGCGUCAACAGACCACAACAACUACGCAAAAACAAAAGGAUGAUUAUAAGAAAUUCAAGUUUUAAUCUGUCUGUAAUCAUCAUCUUUUUUUUAACAAUAAAAUAUAUCCUCAAU